AUGGCCCCGGCGGAAGACCCCAGGGCCCAGAGAGCCAGCCCGCAAAUCGUGGGCCUCGGGACAGAUCUGGACACCAGCUCAGGUGGGGAGCGGGCCCCCAGUCUACAGGCCAUCCCCACAGCUCACCUCACUUUCAUCGUGGACUGUGCUCGUGGGAAGCAGCUCUCCCUGGCCGCACCCUCAGUGCCACCCCCAGCCCCCAGGCCCAAACUGGAACCUGUCACCCCUCCAAUGAAGACCUAUAUCUUGUUCUGUGGGGACAGCCAGCCCCACCUGACUCAGGAGGCCUCCCUGGGUGGGGGGCACCUUGCUCAGGCCAGGGGCACCCUGCCACCCUGCAGAGGGACUGUUGCCCCAGCUUCCUCCCCAGUCAGCCCACGGUGGCCCCAGGAGGCUCCUGAAGCCAAGGGGAGCCCCUUGAAGACGGUGCUCACAAGGUCGGCUUGGGAGAGAGUCACGGGCUCCCUCAGAGCUGCCUCCUCCUGUGUCUGUGGGCAGGCAGAUUAA